AUGCAUCUCCGAGUGUACAUGGUCGACGGCAAGCGUGUCUACACGCUGAAGAAGAUGGACCCGGAGAACAAGCCGACGCUUAGCGCCCACCCCGCCAGGUUCAGCCCAGAUGACAAGUUUAGCCGCCAGCGCGUCACCAUCAAGCGCCGGUUCAAGGUACUGGCGUCAGAGCGUCGCCCACAGCCAUUGUAA